GUCGAGCCUUAUUGUCAAUACCGAAAGUAACAGAAAUAUCGAGGAUGUCUUACAUUUCUUUGUUGUUAUGAUAAUGAUGGUAGCUGUAAGUAUGUAUCCGCAAUAGUUUUGGGGAGUUAAAAGACUUGACAUCGCCUGAGCUGAAAAAAUGGCUAAUACAUCCAGCUAGUGUGGCGUAUGGCAGCAGCCAACAGGAUGACAGAUACAGCAGAGAGCACAGUCAACAUGGAGGAUUUUUUCAAAACGGUGGGGGAGGUAAGAAGCCUCAUUGAAAAAAUAUCCUGUCAAGCAGAGGAGGUGGAGAGAAGACAGGGCGCCAUCAUUUCCACUCCAAAACAAGACAAGAGAAACAAAGACGAGCUGGAGCUGCUGAACAAUGAGACCAAGAAGAACGCCAACUUGGUCCAAGCCAAGUUAAAAUCAAUACAGAAGGACUUGCCUGUGGAUGAGAACAGUAAAAGUGCCUCAGUUAUCCAGCGUAUUCAGAAGAAUCAGCACUCUCACCUGACUCGGUGGUUUGCUGAAGUCAUGAGGGGCUACCAUAAGGUGCAAAUCUCCUACCGAGAGAAAUGCAAAGCACAAAUUCAGAGACAGCUGGACAUUGUGGAUAAAGUGACUACAGAUGAAGAGUUGGAGGAGAUGCUGCAUUGUGACAAUCUUGCCAUCUUCAUAUCUGAUAUCAACCCUGACGCUCGAAUUUCAAGCCAAGCUCUGAGUGAGAUCGAAUCUCGUCAUCAGGACAUCAUCUGCCUCGAGUCCAGCAUCAAAGAGAUGCAUGAGAUACUAGCUGACACUGCUAUGCUGUUGGAGAUUCAGGGGGAGUUGAUCAACAACAUAGAAAAGAAUGUGACGAGUGCUGCAGAGUAUGUAGACAUGUCCAAAGCAGAAAUCGAUAAAGCAGUCACAUACAAGAAAAACCCACACAAGAUAGCAUCUCUCCCGAGCUUCUUCAAGCCCUUCAAGAGGAAAACCGCUGCUAAAAGUGCUACUGAUCAAAACACCUCAGAUUUACAUCAUGACUGAACUCCUGAACCUGUUUGAACAUUGACUGCACCAAACAUCCUGAUUAACAUCAAAGCCUGUGCUCGAUGGAACACACUUUUCAUCUAUUUUAUGGUACAGUGCCUGUCUGCCCCCUCAAAUGCCUUUUUUUCUAAAGGGUAAUGAGGAAGCUGUUAAGUUUAACUUGAAUAAUGAAUUUGAAUUUGAACUGCUAUGAUGUUGACCUGUCAAAUGAAAGUGACAAGAUGCUGUGGACAAGCCUUGCAAGCCAGCUUAUAAGGCUACCUGUGGACUGUCAAAAGGACAAAUAAUGCAUACAACCUAAAAAAAAAUCUGAUUUUAAACCUAUUUGUCAAUCGGUGUUUACAGAUUUGCAAUCCUCAGACUUUAGGUUUCAGACAUGGCAUAACUGCUCAUUUUCCAUUACAAUAAUUAACUUGGUUAAAAUAAUCAUUUAACACAUCGACCCAAGCUACAUUUUUAGAUGCCAAACACCUGGUUUGAUUUGUUUAUUUUUUCACUCACUCAGUUAGCCACUGUUCCCCUUAGUGGCCAGUAGGUGGCAUGACAGCAUAAGAUGCAACUCUGAACCAGGAUCAUUUACCUUCCUGUAUUUAAGCAGUCCUGCUGAACUUCUGGUGUUUUUGUCUGAUACUGUGUGUUUUACUAAUGCAAUAUAAUGUGAUAUCAUGUUGUCUAAUACUCAGAAAGAAAUGUGUGUAAUGUUUUAGGAUAAACUAAGACCAUGCCAAUCCUAAAAUAAACCUACUGGACAUAA